CGAGAAUGAUUUUCCCUAUUCAUACUAGUAAAAAAAAGAAAUAAAUUACUGAAAAUUAAUAGUUAAUUACGAACCAUUCAACCAAACCUAACCGAAAAAGUUUAUGAGGGUAUCCCUGUAAUCUUAACAUAUCUGAAAGUGAUUAAGGGAUUAAGAAAGAGAUCUUCAUACGAUUUUAUCCAACUGUAAACUACUAGUCUAAUUCUAAAGCAAGAUAUUUUGCUCGACUGUGAUGAUUACUAAGCCUGCCUUUCCUACCCGUAAAUAUUCUAUCCAUCUUGAUUACUUUUUCCGCUAGGACUUAAUUAAUAACUCCCAGAAUUAGAGCUACACGUCCAAUAAUAAUAACCAUUAGGUGUUAAAAUUACAGAUCCGGGAUUCAACAUGGACUCUACUGCUGCUUCUUUUGUCCUGGUUAACCCUUUUAUAAACCCUUUUCUAUGUUCUUCCUCCACUCUCAUAACUGCUACCAAAAGUUUGGGCUGAUAUGAAUCCGGGUUGUUCUGCUUUGAGUGGAAAAUAUUUGUGGGCUUCGAUUGUUGGUGAAUUCUUUAGUUUUAUUGAUUCUGGAUUGUAGUAUAACCGAUCUACGAGUUGGGUUCUUAAUAAAUUUCUAUUUGAUCGGCAAGUACAGGUACUGGGUAGGUGGGUUGUUGUUUCGAAGAAAAAUCUUCCCUUUUUUAGAGUAGCCAGAAACUUAGAGGAGGGGCCCUAUUGAGAAUAGGGGAUUUGCUUUUCUGGGUUAGGGGGCUUAUUGAGUCUCUGAAGGAAGAGGAAUAGAUUAAGAUCAAGUGUUGUUUUUUUCUGGAAUGAUUGAUGGGAUCAAGUGGGUUUUUCAUAAUCUGUCUCCUGCAUUCUAUGGUGGCAUUGAGUUGUGGAGGGUUGAUGAUGUUCCGUUGCCAUGAGCUCCUUGUGUUUAGCCAUGGUAUGGAACGAGCCAGCAAGCUUGUGGGUUCAACACCUGAGGAUCAGCUGCUAAUCCAAACCUCUGAUUCAUUCUCAGGGCUGUUACUGUUUGCAAUUGGUUUUCUCUUGUUCAUGGUGGCUUUUGUUAAAGACAGGGAUUUUCAGAGCUUUUUCGCCAGAGGGUGUGUGCUUCUUCAUGUGGCCAUGGCCAUUUGGAGGAUAUACUUCGAAGCAAAGCUUGAAGUUCUUGGCCGUGAUUGGAUACGUCUGGUUGUUGGUGAUAUCAUACUUGGCCUGUCUUGGGUCCUCUUUCUUGUAUAUUCUUGGAGGGAGAAGUAUGAUUAAUUGGAGAUUGUGGAUGAUACUCAUCAACUCCCAGAAUCUCUGGGUGGCACAAAUUGCUCUCAAUGGGUGUUUCUUCACGAUCUUUUUUGAUAAGUCAGAGUAUAUAGAUCAAGAAGUGCUUCUCAAAUUUGCCGAAUUUUCUCAAGUACAGUUGUUUCUUUCCAGUACAGGUGGUAAAUGAGAUCUUUUUCAUCUGAGCUUAUUAUCUUUCUUUCUUAGUAUUCUGUUUUACACAAGCUUGCUCAUAGUUUCAUAUUGUGGAUAUCAGGAAUUGAAAUCAUUACAGUGGUUGUACUCUUUUUCUUUUACUAAACAAACCAAAUGGCUUUGAAUUGCCUGAGCCAAUUUUCUUUCCCAUAUUGAAAUGGAGCUUUAGCUCUGCGUCUUUUUGUUCAUCUAGAAAACCGGUUCGUCAAUGUUUUGCACUUGUGUACUUAGAUGAGAUUAUACCUGUGGGGAUGAUAGUUAAGGAAGUAGACACAAACGUAUGUAUCUGAAUGAAAACUUGGUCCAGUUGAGCCACUGAUUUUGAUUGAUUGCGUUGUUGUGUCCAUUUGGAAUCAUUCCAGACCAAAGAGGCCUGUUGGUAGAGAAUAAGACCCCUACAGGUCUUCCGAUAUUUUGUAUAGAUUCAUCCUCUCCUCAGAUUCCUUAUAUUCGUGUUAGUCUGAAUCUUUUCAUCUUGUACCAAUCAGUCUACAAGAUUGAUAUUUGCACUUGCUUCUUGUGUCCUCUUAAGACCAUUCACAUUGCGAUCCUCCUUUUCUUUUUUUGGGUAUUUUCUCCGUCUCUCCUAACACAACAAACUGCACAAAUAUUUUGGGACGGAAUGAGUAGCCAAUAAAAUGAGAAUAGUUUUGGAAGGAGCAAACACCAUUUUUUUCUUCAGACUUGUUGGUUAGAUGUGAUAUGAAGUGUCCAACUAGGUUGGUUUGCAAAUUGUGUAAUUAGUGAGAAUUGAAUUUCUAACACAGUCGAUUUAGCAUUGCUGAGUUCUUUUUCUAUCUGGAUGAUUCGAUUAAAUCUAACGUAAUGAUGGUUUUUCUGCUUUAGCAGCUCCUUUUCUUUUUUUUUUUAAUCAAAAGUGAGCUGCUCUAAACCCUUGUUUACAUUUUUCAUUGAUGUUACAGCAAAUCUGGUUACUAUCUUAUUUACACUUUUAACAGUAUUGUCGGUGGAAAAUUAACCACUGCCCACGUGUAGAUUUUUCAUCUGUCUGUCGACUUAGAGUUGGCACAAUCACAGCCUUAAUCCUACAACUCCAAACGUUUUACAUACUCUACCCGUUUCUCACAAACAACAGAAAUCAUUUUAUUGGAGGUUCACAAUAACAAAUGUCGUCAGAUCUCAAUGAAGCUGGGUAAGUUCUUUAAAUUGUAUUGGUCAGUGGCCACGGACUCUAUUAAACUCUGGUCAAAUAUUGAAUUUUUUUAUGAGGAAAAUGAUCCCCGCAGAUAUGACAGGGUUGGGGAAAAUUCAUAGCAAACGCUAUCAGAUUUAGAACCAACUCUAUCC